AUGGCUAGAUUGGAAUAUAGAAUGAAAACUUCGUGCAAUACAAAUUAUAAUAUUUUCACACAUCAGGGAAUCGUAGGAUUGGUCACCCUAUCACAACACCUAGGAAAUGCGCAAUUCGCAGAAUCAUCAUUAGGAUUAACUCUAAAGAUUGGGAUGGCAUCAACACACGAAUAUCUCUCCGCAAAUCCAGUUUUGAGAAAUAUUAACGGGAUGCAUACCUACAAUGAAUCCAACACAAUUGCUGUAGAUCACAAAUUUAACUUCAACGUGCUUAAAGAUAUGAAAGAUCAAUUAUUCAAUUUUGAAGCUAUAGAAAUCUCUGAUUGGAAACUCAACAUGGAAGGCCCAUCGAUUAUGGAUUUACUACAACAACAGGUUGACGUAACGAAACCGAACCAUAUAAUAGUGGACCAAGAUAGGAAAAAAGCAAUAGAUAACUUUAUUAAUAGACCGGAGGCCGUACCUGAACCUCAUUUUUUUGAAACAAUUAGUGUACGAACAACUAAGGAAACAGUUUGCUAA